UAGAUAAAGGAGAGGUCCUUGAAGAACAUAAACUAGUGGUUUUUAUUACAUUCGUGAUUGAGAUCGAUUGAAUCAAACGUUUCGUCCGCGGACGUUGGACACGUAUUUCGACUGGACAAAAGAUGCCCUGAGAUAAGUAAUGACUUUGUCGUAGUACACGAUGUCUGUCCGUCCAUUGUAGACUAAAGCUUUUCUCCAUCCAAGCUGGUUCGAUAGAGCAGUUUUCGCGUGACCGGAACUGACGCUGCCACGGUCUUGGUUAUCGCGGUGUCCCCGCAUACUUUGCACUCUUCUUGAAAUGAAAGCGGCAAUGCGGGAUGAGGACGCGGGAGCAGGCCUUCAUCAUGCAGCACACGAAGUGUCUUUGCUUGAUGGCUCGAUGGAUACUGCGCAGCGUAAAGACGAGGUUGCCACGAUGAUGUCUGCUCGGUCGGAUAGCGAGAAGCCCACACCCACUGAGACGAUUGAGGGAGAGCUGGGUGCAACAAGUAGCGGCGCAAGCAAUUGCGCCGCUGCAGCUCCUGCAUCCGUUGCGGAUGUCUCCUGCUGUGCCGCUUCAGUGAAUGUCUCGGUACCGGUGCCUGUGGACCCGCUGCUUGUGCAGCAACAGUUUGGUGGGUCGUCUUCUUCCACCGCAGCGCCUCCUACUGCGGAGCCGGAAUAUCUGCUGCCUCCUGGAUGCGCACCACUGAAUGGUGUGGCGCCACCUGUUGGUACAACUGCUACGAGAGAUGGGAGAGUAGACCCCCACGAAGGUGUUAUCGACUUCAAUGCUCCGGCAACGUGUUCUUCAUCCAACGCUGCAGGCAACUUCGGUGAUGGCUUUCUCGCUGCGUUCAAUGCGGGAGCCGCGAGUUCCUCUGGUCCUGUCGGCAACAACCAUAUGGGGCCGACAACAAGUGUAGGAAGCGGAUACUAUCAUGGCAGCAAUCUACACAGUCCACGUCUCUCGGAAAGUUCUCUCGGGACCUCGUCAAUGUACAACAUGAACAUGGAACUGUACCCGCACGGGGCCGAGCCGCGGGCCGAGAUGGAACUGCACUUGAAGAUCAAGCUGCAGACAAUGGUGUCGCGUCGUUUCGAAGACUACAUCGAAAUCGUGGACACAGUGCAGAAUGAGCGGGAGGGGACGCUCCGGUACCUGGACUGUCGCUUGCUUACUGCUAACCCGUCGAAAAGUGGCAUCUCCAUAGCUGUGCAGAAGGAGAGCAGGUUUUUGGUCUACGUAAACAAUAACGCGCCUAGCACAGUUUUCGUGUCUACUCGGCAACCCGGCAAUUCAGAAUUUGACGACGUCCCUACCCGAUUGCAGGAGCCGGUGCCGCUGUUAAGAUUUUAGCGUAUCAACACUAUGUCCAUGGAUCUUGUUGUUGUUGUUGUUUGAAAAAUCCCUUGCACAACUGGCACAAAGGUCACGCGCAGAAUUGUCCUCGCACUCCACGAAAAUCACCUGGCUUAAAUAAAUCAGUAUGAAAACGAAAAACUAUUUCUAAUUUUACGGCACAUACCAAAUGGAAAGCUUUUGCCACACCUCCCAGUCGCGCCAGCAGCCACCGGUGCAAUAGGCGGAGCGUUGAUCAGCCACGCGACUGUUAGGGAAAAAAAGCUUUGAUCUGUUGCCACAUGCUAUUGGUUGAAUGCUGAUGAUAGGUUGUCAAAAGUGUUGGGGUGUCGUAGGGGAUGAGAACUAGAUCGAUGUUUUCUGCUGGUUGGUGUGUAACGGUGAGACACGACGGCAUUUUCCGUGUACAAGUCACUCUCACGAGAAGAAAUUUUGUCCUCUAAUCUGUGUCAUUUCGCCGACCCUGGUGUGCCUCCCAUGGUGAGUAGCACCUCUUCGCACGGCGGAACGUACAGUCCGCCACCGGGGAGUCUAGUAGUAGAGCCGCCACGCCGACCACCAGGCGCCUCGGGUCUAGACUCCAACGCGCAGUCCCCUGCGAUGGCUAGUAGCAGUGCUAGUUCGUCAGCUGUGAAGUCUCCCCGCACGCUUCAGGAAGAGGAGGGAAUGCGUUGCGCCUUAGAGCUGAAUUUAAAAGAGGAAAUUGAUCCAGGAGAAUCGCUGUACCUGGACAUCCAGGAGCCCUCGAGUUCGAAAAGACGCGCAGCUGGUAUACUAUAAAAAACAGCGAGCAGAAACAGAUUUUAAUGUAAUGCGGAGGUUUGUUCUUCUGUCGUCUAGGAUGCUUCUUACAUGGUAUAUAUACUACAGUACUAGUGUCUCCGCUGACACUCCUCCUCCAUCGAGAUAUGUACACUGAACAUACAGGAGCUGCAAAGUCACCAAUCACACGCGUAACAGGCGAACAAGUGGAGGGUUCGAAGUUGCUUUCAGAUAAUAGCAGCCCUCGGCGAGGAGGCGGCGCGAGCAGGACGCUAUCACUCGAUGUGAAUUUGUCUCGGAAAGCGUCCGUCGAUGAGGAAUUGCUACAGAUGAGCAGUAAAAUUUCCGAUCCGAAGCCAAUGGCAGCGUAAGAGACCUGAUAGAGUUUUGGAUCCUCUAAGUCUGUAAUGAUAGUCGUUAUUCCUACGGCAGGUUGAAGUCCAGUUUGUAGUGCAGUCCUCUGCGUCCCUAGUUUCAUGGUUGUGUCUUCCUGUGAAGUAGAUGACGAAAUAGUACAGAUACAAAACCAGAAUGAAAAUCUCUCGUAUCAAAGUAGGAUAUAUUUUCCAUCUACCUUCGCCAGGUCCUCCUCGAGUUCAGCGCCACAAGCGGUCUCGGAUGGCGAGUCGCGGGCCUCCAGUCCGAAAAGUUCACCGUCCAAACGCGGCGCUAAGCGGUCAACCCAGCAAGCGUUGCAACUGUGGGCUGAACAAGUGAACACUUUCGGUCAGAGCGGUUCGUGCCAAAGCCUAUCGGCGUUGCUCGAGCAUGGCUAUUUGGUCUGGAAAAAGUACCUUAAGGAGGACUUGGUCCGAAGCAGCAGCACGCAAUCCACCUUAUGCUGAAAUGGAUUUCUAGUUAUUCUUGGAUACAUUUUGAUAGCUGCGAAGAUCCUGUGCUAAUGCUGCACACUUCUUGACACCCGGCAAUGCGCCCUCGGCCAAUAAGAUGCGUCUGCGUAUAUUCGCGGGUCGCACUGUGAUUUGAGUUGUACCAAUCAGUCGUACUAACACUUCCCGCGUCUCCUUUCAUACCCGAAGAAUAAGAAAACACCGGGAGCUUUUGGACUUAAUGGUUGUUUCGGACAUCAAGCAGCCAACCAGGCAUAUGAAGAAGCAGAUCGAGCUUAUAAUCGGGAAGACUUUCAGAAAGCGGUAGACGUGUGCUCAGAGGCGUUGCGGGCUGAGCGGACCUUGAAGAGUACAAAUCCCCAGAUCUAUCGCAAACUACUCCGAUUGCGCUGCGAGGCCUUCUUCCACGCGGAAAAAUAUCAGAUGUGCCUCAGUGACGUAGAGGUAUUUUUUGACUAGAAAGAUCACUCUUACUAAAGUUACUACAUACUUUCUUUUUUGUAGUAUUUGGGUGAAAAAACAAAAAGGUUGCAAAGGAACGAAGUGCAGUCAUCUAUUCAGUUUUAGUACCAUCAACCCUUCGUGAUCCAAUCCUUUUUCCUUACUGAUAUCAUUCCGUUUUUUCAGAAGCUGUUGGGCAUGGACAACACGGACGGAAUGCUUUACUAUAGGCAAGGCAUGGCGUUGAAGAUUAUGGGGCGACCGGAACGUGCUUUAGAGGCGAUUAUGACUGCCAUGGAGUACGAGCCGCAAAACAUACUAAUCGAAGAAGUACUGCUUUGGCUUUCAUCUUUUGAUGUUUUGGUUCUUUGCUGUAUUGAUUUAGAUUUAGUCUUCUAUUAAGUAGUUCAUUUUCGUUCUGACUUUGAACUCUGUGGACCUGAUCCGUCUGGUCGUGGUAUAACUAAAGUCCAACACCACGACACUCUCAGGGCUUUGCGGUGAUAUUCGAGGAGGCUUCCCGAGUGAUAAGCAGCGGUCGGCCGAAGCAAGACGAGACAACAACGCGCUCUCCACGUGCGCGGCGAUCUGGCGGCCGAGGUGGCGUCAAUGUCGCGAGGCUGUCGGCAGCAGCACUCGAAACACUGUCGAGCACCACCCAGGCGACUCGCCUCAGCAGCCAGAGCACGACGCCCUCUCCCUCAAAUGACACCCGAAGCAGCUCAGUUGACAAAGCUGUGCUAGAAGGGCUGGACGAAGCUUGAUCGUAUCUGACGUUGACUGAUGAUACUCACCAGCAUGAUGUAAAAGACGUCAUUUUUGGAGAAAACGUAUUCCUAAUUCAACCGCACGAUGUGCUUCCUAUUCUUGUUGUCACCUUGUUAGGUGGAAACAAGGAUUUGCACCUGCUUCAGGAACAAGCUGUAAUCAUUUUCGAUCUUUUAUUUUCCGAUACGAGAAGAGCAGAAACUGAUUCACUGCAUGGCUUCAUAGCACCCUGAAAACAGAACCUCUCGAACCACGCAUCCUAUUUCGACUACCAUCGUAGUACCGUUUUGAGAAGUGAUGUGAUAGUUGUAAACUGUCAUGAGAGCAGGUCCGGAAAUGUGUUUGUCAUCACUAGAGUUGGAAGAACAAAGACGGAAGGUUUCGAACGAUAAUGGUAGAGUAAUAUAAGUAGAG